GAAUUUAGAAUCUAUACUUUGGAAUAUACAAGUUGUACGUUAUUUUUCAUCCCUCCUUCUGAGGUGUAUUAUCAUUUUCUGCUUUUUUUGGUUUUUUGAGAAACUUAUAGUUCAACUUGUGUUGCAAAUAUCUUCCUGUAAAUUAUUUAAACAAAUCUUCAUACAAUUAUGCAGAUCUUCGUUAAGACCUUAACAGGAAAAACUAUUACCCUUGAAGUUGAAGCUUCUGACACAAUAGAAAAUGUGAAAGCAAAGAUCCAAGACAAAGAGGGAAUUCCUCCAGACCAGCAGCGUUUGAUUUUUGCUGGUAAACAAUUAGAAGAUGGGAGAACUCUCUCAGACUACAAUAUUCAAAAAGAAUCUACUCUUCACUUGGUGUUGCGACUUCGUGGAGGAAUGCAAAUCUUUGUCAAAACACUCACUGGAAAAACUAUUACUCUUGAGGUAGAGGCUUCAGACACAAUAGAGAAUGUUAAGGCAAAAAUUCAAGAUAAAGAAGGAAUUCCCCCUGAUCAACAACGUCUGAUUUUUGCUGGCAAGCAAUUAGAAGAUGGACGAACACUCUCAGACUACAAUAUCCAAAAGGAAUCUACACUCCAUUUGGUAUUGCGACUUCGUGGUGGCAUGCAGAUCUUUGUCAAAACACUCACAGGAAAAACCAUCACCUUGGAAGUAGAAGCUUCUGACACAAUAGAGAACGUGAAAGCAAAGAUCCAAGACAAAGAAGGAAUUCCUCCAGACCAGCAGCGUUUGAUCUUUGCUGGUAAACAGUUAGAAGAUGGGAGAACUCUGUCAGAUUAUAACAUUCAGAAAGAAUCAACACUCCAUCUUGUUUUGAGGCUUCGAGGAGGCAUGCAAAUCUUUGUCAAAACAUUGACAGGAAAAACCAUCACUUUAGAAGUAGAAGCUUCAGACACAAUAGAGAAUGUAAAAGCAAAGAUCCAAGACAAAGAGGGAAUUCCUCCAGACCAGCAGCGUUUGAUCUUUGCUGGUAAACAGUUAGAAGAUGGGAGAACUCUGUCAGACUAUAACAUUCAGAAAGAAUCAACACUCCAUCUUGUUUUGAGGCUUCGAGGAGGCAUGCAAAUCUUUGUCAAAACAUUGACAGGAAAAACCAUCACUUUAGAAGUAGAAGCUUCAGACACAAUAGAGAAUGUGAAAGCUAAAAUUCAAGACAAAGAAGGAAUUCCUCCUGACCAGCAACGUUUGAUCUUUGCUGGUAAACAGUUAGAAGAUGGGAGAACUCUGUCAGACUAUAACAUUCAGAAAGAAUCAACACUCCAUCUUGUUUUGAGGCUUCGAGGAGGCAUGCAAAUCUUUGUCAAAACAUUGACAGGAAAAACCAUCACUUUAGAAGUAGAAGCUUCAGACACAAUAGAGAAUGUGAAAGCUAAAAUUCAAGACAAAGAAGGAAUUCCUCCUGACCAGCAACGUUUAAUCUUCGCUGGUAAACAAUUAGAGGACGGGAGAACUCUCUCGGACUACAACAUCCAAAAGGAGUCUACUCUCCAUUUGGUGUUGAGACUUCGAGGAGGCAUGCAAAUUUUUGUCAAAACACUCACUGGAAAAACCAUUACUCUUGAGGUAGAGGCUUCAGACACAAUAGAGAACGUGAAAGCAAAGAUCCAAGACAAAGAAGGAAUUCCUCCUGACCAGCAACGUUUGAUCUUUGCUGGUAAACAGUUAGAAGAUGGGAGAACUCUGUCAGAUUAUAACAUUCAGAAAGAAUCAACACUCCAUCUUGUUUUGAGGCUUCGAGGAGGCAUGCAAAUCUUUGUCAAAACAUUGACAGGAAAAACCAUCACUUUAGAAGUAGAAGCUUCAGACACAAUAGAGAACGUGAAAGCAAAGAUCCAAGACAAAGAGGGAAUUCCUCCAGACCAGCAGCGUUUGAUCUUUGCUGGUAAACAGUUAGAAGAUGGGAGAACUCUGUCAGACUAUAACAUUCAGAAAGAAUCUACACUCCAUUUGGUAUUGCGACUUCGUGGUGGCAUGCAGAUCUUUGUCAAAACACUCACAGGAAAAACCAUCACCUUGGAAGUAGAAGCUUCUGACACAAUAGAGAACGUGAAAGCAAAGAUCCAAGACAAAGAAGGAAUUCCUCCUGACCAGCAACGUUUGAUUUUUGCUGGCAAACAGUUAGAGGAUGGACGAACUCUUUCGGACUACAAUAUCCAAAAGGAAUCUACACUCCAUUUGGUAUUGCGACUUCGAGGAGGCAUGCAAAUUUUUGUCAAAACACUCACAGGGAAAACCAUUACCUUGGAAGUAGAAGCUUCUGAUACAAUCGAAAAUGUUAAGGCGAAAAUUCAGGACAAGGAAGGAAUUCCGCCUGAUCAACAACGCUUAAUCUUCGCUGGCAAACAGUUGGAGGAUGGAAGGACUCUGUCAGAUUAUAACAUACAAAAAGAAUCAACACUUCAUCUUGUAUUGAGACUUCGAGGAGGUAUGCAAAUAUUUGUUAAAACGCUCACAGGUAAGACCAUCACCUUGGAAGUAGAAGCUUCUGACACCAUAGAAAAUGUGAAAGCUAAAAUUCAAGACAAAGAAGGAAUUCCUCCUGACCAGCAACGUUUGAUCUUUGCUGGGAAGCAGUUAGAAGAUGGGAGAACUUUGUUGGAUUACAACAUUCAAAAGGAAUCUACAUUACAUUUGGUUUUAAGACUCCGAGGUGGUGUAACCAUGCAGAUCUUUGUUAAGACCUUGACAGGAAAAACUAUUACUCUUGAAGUUGAAGCUUCUGACACAAUCGAAAAUGUUAAGGCAAAAAUUCAAGACAAAGAAGGAAUUCCACCUGAUCAGCAACGCUUGAUCUUUGCUGGCAAACAGUUAGAGGAUGGAAGGACUUUGUCAGAUUACAACAUACAGAAAGAAUCAACACUCCAUCUUGUAUUGAGACUUCGAGGAGGUAUGCAGAUUUUUGUUAAAACGCUCACAGGUAAGACCAUUACCUUGGAAGUAGAAGCUUCUGACACAAUAGAAAAUGUGAAAGCUAAAAUCCAAGACAAAGAAGGAAUUCCUCCUGACCAGCAACGUUUGAUCUUUGCUGGGAAGCAGUUAGAAGAUGGAAGAACUCUUUCGGACUACAACAUUCAAAAGGAAUCUACUCUCCAUUUGGUGUUGAGACUUCGAGGAGGCAUGCAAAUUUUUGUCAAAACACUCACUGGAAAAACUAUUACUCUUGAGGUAGAAGCCUCAGACACAAUAGAGAAUGUGAAAGCUAAAAUCCAAGACAAAGAAGGAAUUCCUCCUGAUCAGCAACGUUUGAUUUUUGCUGGCAAGCAGUUAGAAGAUGGAAGAACUCUUUCGGACUAUAACAUUCAGAAAGAGUCUACUCUCCAUUUGGUGUUGAGACUUCGAGGAGGCAUGCAAAUUUUUGUCAAAACACUCACAGGGAAAACCAUUACCUUGGAAGUAGAAGCUUCUGAUACAAUUGAAAAUGUUAAGGCAAAAAUUCAAGACAAGGAAGGAAUUCCUCCUGACCAGCAACGUUUGAUUUUUGCUGGCAAACAGUUAGAGGAUGGACGAACUCUUUCGGACUACAAUAUCCAAAAGGAAUCUACACUCCAUUUGGUAUUGCGACUUCGAGGAGGCAUGCAAAUCUUUGUCAAAACACUCACAGGGAAAACCAUUACCUUGGAAGUAGAAGCUUCGGAUACAAUCGAAAAUGUUAAGGCAAAAAUUCAAGACAAAGAAGGAAUUCCUCCUGACCAGCAACGCUUGAUCUUUGCUGGGAAACAAUUAGAAGAUGGGAGAACUUUGUUGGAUUAUAACAUUCAAAAGGAAUCUACUCUGCAUUUAGUGUUGAGACUCCGUGGAGGAAGUUCUAAACUGCCUUGAAAGUAAGAUCUGUCAAAAAUAUCUAGUAAAAUUGGUAGUAUUAAAAGCUCCAUUAUUUCACUUUUUUAUGCACAUUUUAUAUUCUGUAUUACUAGGUAUAAAGAUGUUUGUUUAUCUGUAUGUAAUAUCAAAAGUUACAAGUUAUAUUGAUAUGUAUAACUAUGUAUACAUUAUUGUAGUGUGGUUAUAUUCAUUAAAUAUUUAUUAAUACAUAAA